GACAAUAUGGCGGGGGCUGGAGCUGCGGUCGGAAGGAGGAAGUGUCAUUCAUGCUAGGAUUGCAGGGAGGGGGGCUCCUUGUAACCGCACAGCUCUCUCAGCGGCGUCCCCGGCGUCCCGUGUGUUGGGUGAGGGGAGCCGGGGCGCCCCAGCAUGCGCUGAGUGAGCCGGCAGCAUCCAGGGAGCCGGCGCCGCCAUGUCCUUCUUCCGCAGGAAAGUGAAAGGAAAAGAUCAAGACAAGCCAGAUGUGAAAGUAUUUAAAGAAGCUGCACCUGCACCAGUACAUUCCCCAUCAAGAAGUCCAAAAAAUAAUGCCUUGCUGGAGGCUGCUGGACCGAGCCAUGUGGCUAUCAAUGCCAUAUCAGCCAAUAUGGACUCUUACUCAAGCAGCAGGACUGCUGCGCUCAAAAAGCAGCCAACUCACAUGGAAGCUACACAUUUUGGAGAUCUUGGCCGAUCAUGUCUGAAUUAUGAGUCCCAAGAUGCAAAGUCAAAUCUUUCAAAAACUCUUGUACAAGUUCUCCAAGACAAUUUGGCCCUCCCUUAUUUUAUUCAGUUUAUGGAACUCCGCAGAAUGGAACAUUUAGUAAGGUUCUGGCUGGAGGCUAAAAGUUUUAACUCCACUACCUGGUCCCGAAUUAGAGCAUACAGUCUAAACACAGUCAAGCACAGCACUUUGGCAGAGCCCAUGUCGCCAUCUCCAAGGCGGCCGGAUCAGUCUGCGGCUUCAGUUGAUCAGCAGGCCCAAGAUUGCUCUAAACUUCCACAACAUACAUCCAGAUUGAAAGCGUUAGGUUCUGCAGCAAACCAACGCAACGCUUCACAGACUAAACAGAAGAUGGGGAGCAUGCCAGCUAUUCAGCUAGAACUGUCUACGGAUGAGACCUUACUCCCCUAUGAGCAGUCUUCCAAGCUUAACGCAUCAAACAGGAACAGUCCUAUAGACGAAGGGCUAGCUGACAUGUCCCAGAAGUUAAUGAAGGGUAUAGAACGGGAUGCUGUGAACACAUUCACCAAAUACAUUUCUCCGGAUGCUGCUAAACCCAUCCCCAUCAGUGAGGAAAUCAGGAGCGAUAUUGUAGCAAAAAUCUGUGGCGAGGAUGGCCAAGUGGACCCCAACUGCUUUGUUACGGCACAGUCCAUAGUUUUUAAUGCGAUGGAACAAGAGCACUUUUCAGAAUUUUUACGAAGUCAACAUUUCUGUAAAUACCAGAUUGAGGUGCUGACCAGUGGAACGGUGUACCUGUCGGAUAUUUUGUUCUGCGAGUCUGCGCUCUUUUAUUUCUCAGAGUACAUGGAGAAGGAAGAUGCAGUCAAUAUAUUACAAUUCUGGUUGGCUGCUGACAAUUUCCAGUCUCAACUUGCAGUCAAGAAUGGACAGUACGAUGGACAGGAGGCGCAGAACGACGCAAUGAUCCUUUAUGAUAAGUAUUUUUCUCUACAAGCAACGCACCCAUUAGGCUUUGAUGACUCUGUGCGGCUAGAAAUAGAGUCCAACAUUUGCCGGGAAGGAGGCCCACUCCCAAACUGCUUCACCACUCCAUUACGUCAGGCUUGGACCACCAUGGAGAAGGUUUUCUUGCCUGGCUUCCUCUCUAGCAAUCUGUAUUAUAAGUACUUGAAUGAUCUGAUUCACUCAGUGAAGGGUGAUGACUAUACGUGGACUGGAGCUGGAAAUCCAAGUCAAGGAAACCAAGGCACUCCCAACCAUGAGCCCUGUACUGGGGCAUCGGACAUAUCCACCUCUCAGACUAACGUCAAAAAGAGCAAUGUAAAAAUUCUGAAAAACUUUGAUGAAGCAAUAAUUGUUGAUGCUGCAAGCCUGGAUCCUGAGUCGCUCUAUCAACGAACAUAUGCUGGGAAAAUGUCUUUUGGGACAGUGAGUGAUCUAGGUCAGUUUAUCAGAGAGUCGGAGCCCGAGCCGGAUGUGAAGAAAUCCAAAGGGUCGAUGUUCUCCCAAGCGAUGAAGAAAUGGGUCCAGGGUAACACAGAUGAGGCUCAAGAAGAAAUGGCUUGGAAGAUAGCAAAGAUGAUAGUUAAUGAUGUGAUGCAGCAGGCACAGUGGAGUCCUCCACCAGACACCUCUACUAAGGUAUAAGAUCCAUGGCGUCACACCACUCUCUGUCUGACGUGACUUUCAAAAGUUCCUUGCACUUACAGAUGUGUUACAGCAACUGUGCUGAACAAGAGAAAGUAAUUAAAGCCAGUGUCGGGAUCAAAGCUUUUGGGACUAGAAGAAUAAAAAAAAAAAAAUGUUGUUCUUUUGACUAAGCCUCUCCCAAUAUAAUCUCUAUGAAGAUGUGCGCAGGGCACUUAAGGUGACCGCGAAGGUGAAACACACGAAGUGUGAACUAAGACUUCCUUCAGAGAUGCUGCAUGUUUCCGUGGUUAACACUUCAGGAUGAUUCUGGUCACUUUGUGAUCUAUCUGCACUGGAAAUAUCAUUCAUUAUGAAUAUGGAAAAGAUCACAGGAGUGUCAACAAGAGUCACAAGCCGGUCCAGGACCAUUCAGGAUAAGUUUUGAUACCUGCCUAGAUCAGUCGGUUCUCUAGUCACCACAAUUUAAAAGAACACAAAACUUCAUUAAAGAUAUGGGUCUGGGCGGACAUCUUGUUUGUGCGUGCACAUUGUACAAUUACCCAGACGCACUCUGACAUAUUACCGCAGUUUCCGUUUUUCAUUUUUCUGGUGGUUCAUAGUUUGCCCAUUGAGCUACUACAAAUGUUUUGCAGACAAUGUAUUUAAUACGACAUUCCCAUAAGUCAGGUUCCACAUUUGAAGGUGUAUUGUCACAGUUGAUGCAUAUUUGUGGCCUGGCCUAUGUAUUAUCCUUCAUGAUCCAUAGCAAUAAACACAUGCAUGAUACAGGGAUUCAGAGCUUCAGCUCCCUGGCCAUUAUUUCAUCCACACAAACUCUCUGACUUCUUUCCUAUAAGGGCUCUGUCACACGAGCGGAUGCCGUGCGUAGAAAUAGUGCCAAGGACAGCAGAGACACGGAGCAUUAACAACUUUAUCUCACUGUGAUUUUGUAGUAAAAAGAUCACAGAGAGGCAAAGAGCAUCAUCAGUCAUGUAAUGCUCCGGGUCUCUGCUGUCCAGAACGGGGCUUGGCUCUCUUUACCCGCACGGCAUCCGCUCAUGUGAAAGAGCCCUAAGGAUGCAUUUACACUGUUCACCCAAUCACCGGUACCUGCGUGCUGCUGAACGCUAUUUGCGGUGGCUUUGCAGCAAAUACACUUGGCUAAGAUCUGAUGUGUGUGAUAAAACCUGAUAACAUUAAUAGGCAUCUGUCAGCAGAUUUGCACCUAUGACACUGGGUGACCUGUUACAUGUGCACUUGGCAGCUGAAGACAUCGGUGUUGGUCCCAUGUUCAUAUGUGCACGCAUUGCUGAGAAAAAGGAUGGUUUAAUAUAUGCAAAUGAGCCUCUAGGAGCAACGGGGGCGUUGCCAUUACACCUAGAGGCUCCUCUCUCUCUACAAAUGAUGCGGCCUCUGCACUGACAUUACCCGGCAGCGUAAACGCAGUCACACCUGGUCCUGUCGAACAAAGUGCAGAGGGUGCGGCAGCUGCAGAGAGCAGAGCCUCUAGGUGUAAUGGUAACGCCCCCGUUGCUCCUAGAGGCUCAUUUGCAUAUAUUAAAACAUCAUUUUUCUCAGCAACGCGGGCACAGAUGUACAUGGACCAACACAGACAAGCGCACAUGUAACAGGACAUGCAACAGGACAGCCAGUUUCUUAGGUACAAAUCUGCUGACAGAUGCCCUUUUAAUUCACUUGUGUUAAAAAUGAGAAAAAAAUACCUUAUUCCUAUGCCACGUUAUCAUAAACUGAAGUUAGUCAGCGCGAAACCGCAGCCACGUACCGGAGUAGUUUUUUAUCUUGAUUUUUGAAGUUACAGUCUGCUUGUGAGGAGAGCUUGUGUUCCUCUGACAACACUUCUUGGGAAAUGUGCAUCACGUUAAUGAAUGGCAACGUUUUCCCAUCUUUUAUAGAAUUUGCUGGAAAUUAAUCUGCUAAUAAAAGUGCUAAUUUAUAAUCAUUAAAUCGACACUUAAAGGGAAUGUGUCACCAUUUAAAUAAAAAAAAAAUUCUCCUAGUUAAAACCAGAUAGCAACGCAUUUUUUUUCUCUAAUCUAUUUCUAUUUUUUAGGUACAGAUUUUAAAUUUUAUUUUCUCGGUAUGAUUAUGGGGGCUGCCAUCUCGACCGAGCUGUUCUUAACGGCCUUUUAGAAAGCAUUUCAAGAAGUGCUUUACAGCAGCCACAUGGGUCAUAGACACAAUGGACAGGAGGGAACCAGGAGAGUUUUCUAGGCGCGCUCUGUGACCUGCGCAGAGGGCAUUUUACAAGCAAGGGGUAGAUGAGAUUUGACAGUCACCUAUUGUGAAUGGAGGAUCCUGUGUUAUCUAUACACAGAUGAUAUAUGCCAUUCUAAACCUGCUUGUAAUGAUAAGCAGAUAACUGCAGUAAAGUGAUAUGUACAGACCAAGAAGUGGCACCUAAUAUUGGGCUUAGUGGCCAGUGCGAAAACGGUAUGAUUU